CAGAAUAUUCAGCAUCAGGUAAAGUUCAGGAGCACAGCAAAUAGAAAAGACGAGGGUUUGGCUGCUUCUGUCUCACUUUAAUUUGAUUUGAAAGAUCCCAGAGUUACUCAGAACUGAAAUGGAGCAGCAAGGAAAUCAGAUGGAUUCCAUAACAUUCUCCUGUUGCAUCUGUUUGGAUCUACUGAAGGAUCCGGUGACUAUUCCAUGUGGACACAGCUACUGUAUGAACUGCAUUAAAGACCACUGGGAUGGAGAAGAUCAGAGGGGAAUCCACAGCUGCCCUCAGUGCAGACAGAAAUCCAAACUGAGACCCGUGUUGGUGAAAAAUGUGCUGUUAGCUGCUUUGGUGGAGGAUGUGAAGAAAACUGGACUCCAAGCUGCUCCAGCUGAUCACUGCUAUGCUGGACCUGAAGAUGUGACCUGUGAUGUCUGCAGUGGGAGGAAAAUGAAAGCUGUCAAGUCCUGUCUGGUUUGUUUAGUUUCUUAUUGUGGGGAUCAUAUUAAACAUCACUAUGAGGUGCCGGCACUGAAAAAACACCAACUUUUCAACCCCUCCAAGACACUCCAUGAGAGCCUCAGUUCUCUUCAUGAUGAGAUGACGAAGAUCUUAAUGAAUGAAUUUGAAACAGUUUCAGCUGCAGCAGAAAGAGCUGAGAAGCAGAAGAAGCUCCAGGAGAGUCGACAACAAAUCCAUCAGAGAAUCCAGGACCAAGAGAAAGAUGUGAAGCUGCUUCAACAGGAGGUGGAGGCCAUCAAUGUCUCUGCUGAUAAAGCAGUGGAGGACAGUGAGAAGAUCUUCACUGAGCUGAUCCGUCUCCUCCAGGAAAGAAGCUCUGAUGUGAAGCAGCAGAUCAGAUCCCAGCAGGAAACUGAAGUGAGUCGAGUCAAAGAUGUUCAGGAGAAGCUGGAGCAGGAGAUCACUGAGCUGAAGAGGAAAGACGCUGAGCUGGAGCAGCUCUCACACACAGAGGAUCACAACCAGUUUCUCCUCAACUACCCCUCACUGCCAGCACUCAGUGAGUCUACACACUCAUCCAGCAUCAACAUCCGUCCUCUGAGACACUUUGAGGACGUGACAGCAGCUGUGUCAGAGCUCAGAGACAAACUACAGGAUGUUCUGAAAGACACGUGGACAAACAUCUCUCAGAAAUUCAGUGAAGUUGAUGUUCUACUGUCAGAACCAGAACCAAAGACCAGAGCUGAAUUUUUGAAAUAUUCAACAGAAAUCAGUCUGGAUCCAAACUCAGCUCACACACAUCUGUUAUUAACUGAGGGUAACAAAAAAGUAACAAUAAUGAAACAACAACAAUCUUUUUCUCAUCAUCCAGACAGAUUUACAUUUUAUGAUCAAGUUCUGAGCAUCCAGAGUCUGACUGGACGUUGUUACUGGGAGUUGGAGUGGAAAGCUGAAACAAUCCAUGUUGCUGUUUCCUACAAGGACAUCAGCAGAGACGGGACUUCAGAUGAAUGUGUCUUUGGAUUCAAUGACAAAUCUUGGGUGUUAAGUUGUUACACAAAUGGUUAUACAUCUUUACACGACAGAGUUAAAACUCCAGUACCAGGUCCAGUUUCCUCCAGACUGGGAGUGUAUCUGGACCACAGAGCAGGUAUUCUGUGUUUCUACUGCGUCUCUGGUACCAUGACUCUCCUCCACAGAGUCCAGACCAGAUUCACUGAGCCUCUACAUGCUGGGGUCCGACUUUUUGAUCUGGGAGACUGUGCAGAGUUCAAAAUAGCCGAGUAGAACAGCAACUCAAAGAAUCGCAACAAAAUACUGAGCUAUGAUAGAGGUAAUUUGACCCUCCCAACCGCAGAUCCGGUUAAAUUCCUCCCUUGUGUUCAACACCGAGUUCAGCUCUGCUGCUGCAUUUCCUGGUUCCUUCGUGUCACUGUGAAAACUUUAAGAUCAGUAGAAUCACUGAGCUGAUCGCACAAACUGCUGCAGAUCAGUAAGUGACAAACUGGAGUUUAACUGCUUAUAUGACAUAGCUGCUUCCCAAAGGAACAAAAAGUGUUUAACUGAUUUUCCUACCAGCUAACAAAAGGCAUUUUGCAGCUGUAUAAAAUAUCAAUAUAUUGUUAUGAACUUGGUUUCCUUGAUAUGUCCAGAACCUUUCAGGCGGUCAGAACUUGCUGUUGACUGGAAGAAACAGUUGGAGGGUUCAGAAAAACUGGUGAUGAGUUUCUGUUGAAUGAUUCACCUCCAGCAGCAACAACCACACAUCAUGUCUCCACCUGCAGGCCUGACAGAGAAGCACCUUCAUGCUGCCACCUACUGACAAGAGCCUGAAACUACAACCACAUUGUUUCAGCUGUUGUUGAAAUCAAUGACUCAGACAUUUUUAUAAAUAUAAGAAAUAAGAAUUAAAUUUGAGUUCAUUCAUUUUGAACGAGGAGAAGCGGCA